GCAGUCGAGCUCGCCGAGCCAGUGGGGCAGGCGAGCUUAGUGGAGCCUAGAAAGGGAAUGGAGCGCGAAGGAGCGGACGGCGUUGGUGUGGAAGGCGGGCUGGAGCGCGUUGCGGAAAAACAGGCAGAAAGUGAGCAAGUUCUGAAGCCCAGUGUUCAUUUGAAACAAGGAUGGAAACCAGUUGCUUUUAGGUGUAUGGCAGAGAACUUGGAAGAAAACAGAGGAAAGGUUUCUUCUCCAUUCAAGCUAUGCCUGGUUCACUUGGAUCUCAAGGGAGCGCCACCAAAGGUCUCAUACCUGGCAGAGAUCUUUCCAUUGUUCCAUGUGCUGGGUGCAAAUGGCAUUCUCCUUGAAUAUGAGGAUAUGUUCCCUUAUGAUGGGGAGCUGAAGCCACUCCGAGCAAAUGAUGCAUACAGUCCCACUGAAAUUAAAGAGAUUUUAAAGCUGGCAAAGUUGCAUGAAUUAGAGAUUAUUCCUCUGAUACAGACCUUUGGACAUAUGGAGUUUGUCCUGAAGCACAAAGAGUUCUGUCAUCUACGGGAAGUGGCCAUGUUCCCCAACACUGUGAACCCCCAUAGAGAGGAAUCCCUGAGGCUUAUCAGAACAAUGAUAGAGCAAGUGGUAGCUGUGCAUGAUGAUCUCCGGUGGUUUCACAUUGGCUGCGAUGAGGUGUAUUACCUCGGUGAAGGGGAGGAGUCCAAGCAGUGGCUGCAGCAAGGAGAAAAUACAAUUGAAAAGCUGUGCCUAGCCCACAUGAAAGCAGUGGCCAGCCAUGUGGUCUCAGCCCACCCCACAGUAAAACCUGUUGUGUGGGAUGACAUGCUGAGGGGAGUGAGUGAAGAAACACUGCGAGGUUCUGGCAUUGCAUCGCUUGCAGAAUUGAUGAUCUGGGAUUACACCUCUGAUCUUGAUGUAGACAAUAAAGCAAUUCUCAUUGAAAAGUACCAGAAGUGUAAUUUCUCGAAGCUCUGGUUUGCUAGCGCUUUUAAAGGGUCCACUGGAGUCAACCAAUCUUUGACACUCAUUGGACACCAUCUUAAGAACCACCAGCAGUGGCUGAAAGUGGCAGAGAGCUGUCCUUCUGGUAUCAUCCAAGGGAUCGCCUUAACAGGCUGGCAAAGGUAUGACCACUUCUCUGUUCUGUGCGAACUUCUGCCUGUAGGGAUCCCAUCAUUAGCUGUAUGUCUUCAGACCCUAAAGAACGGUGGCUAUUCAGAAAAAGUGAAAGAAGAUGUAGAAAAAUUCCUGGGGAUCUCUAAUUUGGAAAUAGAUACUUUCAUGAGUGACAUCUCAGGGACUUUCCCAGGAAGUGAAAUUCUCUCACUCAUCACUCAGAUUGUGUUCUACCUCAAACCAUCUGUGGUUGAACUUCUGGAAAACAACAGUUAUGUCACAGGCUGGUUCAGCCCUUACCACAGAAAGAGAAAGAAGAUCCAUCCUAUAAUGAUUCAUCAUUUUCAGCCAGAUGCACUAAGGCUUCUUUCCAAGUGGACUGCUGUCACCCAGGAGCUACAGACAGCCAUGGAAAAGAUCUUUUAUAUAUCUGCUGCAGAAGAAUGGAUGGAGGAGAAUGCUCAGUCCAGCCUGGAAAGGCUUCAAGCUACAGUAGAUGAUCUGGACACAGCAAUACAGGCGUUGUCAUAGCACUCGUACAAGUGGCUCUGCUUUACGACUAGCACCAAGCAGCUAGAUAAGUGUGGUGUAGAUGGGAAGUUGGAUGUCAAGAGAUGACUCAAUUGCACUUGGAAUUAUGGCAUUUGUAUAUUGGAUGCUCUCCUCUUCUUCUGAAAAACUCAACAGCAAUCACAUUGUACACAUGCAGCUGUACUGGUUCUCUUCUGUAGAAGUGAAAACAUGUACAGCUUCCUCAUGGUUGUUCUUCAGAGUAAUCUCAGAUCUCCCAAAUUAAAAGCAUGUACACAGACACUUUAUUUUUUAAAUUGAA